AUGGCUGUUGGAAAGAACAAGCGCUUGUCCAAGGGCAAGAAGGGCAUCAAGAAGAGAACCGUCGAUCCUUUCUCCAGAAAGGACGAGUACUCUGUCAAGGCCCCUUCGACCUUCCAGACUAGGGAUGUUGGAAAAACCCUUGUGAACCGCACCAGUGGUCUCAAGAAUGCGAACGACUCUCUGAAGGGCCGGAUUUUCGAGGUCUCUCUCGCUGACCUGCAGAACGACGAAGACCACGCUUUCCGCAAGGUCAAGCUCCGUGUCGACGAGAUCCAAGGAAAGAACUGCUUAACCAACUUCCACGGGCUGGACUUUACGACCGACAAGUUGCGAUCUCUUGUUCGAAAGUGGCAGUCGCUCAUCGAGGCCAACGUUACGGUGAAGACGACUGACGACUAUCUUAUUCGUCUGUUUGCCAUUGCCUUCACCAAGAGACGUCCCAACCAGAUCAAGAAGACCACAUACGCCCGCUCAUCUCAGAUCCGCGCAAUCCGGAAGAAGAUGACCGAUAUCAUGCAGCGGGAGGCGACCAGCUGCUCCCUGGCGCAGCUCACCACGAAGCUGAUUCCCGAGGUUAUCGGACGUGAAAUUGAGAAGGCCACUCAGGGAAUCUAUCCCCUUCAAAAUGUCCACAUCCGCAAGGUCAAGCUUCUCAAGUCUCCUAAGUUCGACCUGGGUGCAUUGCUUAACUUGCACGGCGAGUCUGCUACUGAUGACAAGGGUCACAAGGUCGAGAGGGAGUUCAAGGAACAGGUUCUUGAGACCGUUUAA